GAGCGUUUUUCUCCAUUAGUUUCGUGCCGGUUUUUGUGGCGUUUAGACGUGUUCGAGUGGAUUUAAACGAACGAACGGAAACGAUUUAAGAGAAAUUUUCGCGUAUGAAAUUUAAAUUUCAACCACCAAGUGGCGAAUAACGAUGUAGUGCGUAUUUAUCCAUAGUAUUUAAAAUUAAAAAAUAAUAAUAAAUUUUAGAAAAGCAAAAAGGAAUAAUUGAGUUUAAAUAAAAAAUUGAAAUUGAAAUUGCAAAUGAACAGGCAAUGAGUUGAUGUAUGUGUGUGUGCGUACUUGUUCAUUAAAUGAUCAUUAAAAGUGUUGAAAAUUAUUGAAAACACUGUAUAAAAAAUUAUCAUGUUUUUUUCGAAACCAGAAAUUAUUAAAAAGCCAUAACAACAACAACAAAAUCAGAUUAUAUGGUAGCGCAACGAAUCAAUCAAGCAAAGAAAAUCUGAAAUUUGCUCGCCUCAAAGCAAAAUGGUUGGAUAAACGCGUGUGCAAACAUACAUACAUACAAACAUACAUAUGAACUCAGCUAUACCAGCAUAAAUAGGAAGCGAAGACGCGCCGCGACGCUGUGACGUAUAAAAUCUGGCUGCUGCUAACUUCUGCUUCUUCUUGCUUUACUGUAGUCUAGUUAAUGCUUUGUUUGUGUGAUUUCUGAUUUUUUCCAAUAAUUUUUGUAUCUUUCGUGUGUGUGUGUGCACGUGUAUUUGUUUGUGCACAUUUUUUGGUUCUUUGCUAUUUAUGCCGGUGCGUCGUCUCCGCUGCUGCUACGAAGUGUCGUGGAACAGGUAGCGAGUGCAAGCACACACACAACGCGACGUCGCCUUCAACGGAUGCUACCUGAGCUGCCUGCGAUUUUUUAUCGAUUAUCGAGUGACGUGUGUAAUCACUACACGAAUUUAUCAAUCACAUUUAUGCAAAAGAAAAAUACAAAUACAAGAGUUUUUGCGCUUUGUCUUUAUUUAUUUUGGCGCUGAGUAAUUGCUUGGAAAUGUGUGGUGGCGCUGCAGCGCGAAUAAAUGUGAAGUAAGCAAGUAACAAGAUAAGUGAGAAAGAAAAAUAAAAUAAAGAAAUUUCAUGGCAGCAAAUUAUUGCUAAAAAUAGUGGAGCAGAGCGGCAGGCAAUAAGUGAAGUGCAUAUAAAAACCGGUAGAAGGAGUUGUGUGCGAAAAGUUGCUGAAAAGAAAAUUUGCAAAAAUCAAACAAAAAAUAAACAAAAACAAGCAACACGUUGUUAGCAGCGCAGGCAUUGAGUGCAGCAGCGCAGGAGAUAAAGAAGUGAAUAUUUUCUAUCAACACUUAUUAAGUCAUACCGAUAAAAAAAGGAAAAUUUGACGAUAAAAAAUCCAAUAUAGAGUUGUCCAGAAGAACAUUAAGAUUCUGUGGCGCGACAUAAAAAUGCUGAGUUGUUGAAGGAUCGAUAAUUGCAUUUUACUCACAGUUUUAAUGACACGCUCGAGCACAUCAAGAGACGAAAGUGAUGCGGCGCAAUAGUUAAAGCAACAACAACAAAAGGCGCAAACUUGAAAGACGUGAGCCACGUGGACUGAAGAAAACUCACAACAACAACUACAAACAACAAUAAUAAUAAUAAUUUAGUAUAUUAAAUAAAAACCACAAAGUGUAUACUCUAGAUUUUACAACAACAACAACAAUCAUUAAAUUUUAAGCAAACAACAACCAUAAACAAACAAACGCAAAAAUGGCCAGUUCAAGGAUAAUCCUGAAAGUCUUACUCUCGCUCUGCGUUUGGUCUUUCGUCAUAAUCGGUCUCUUCAAAAUGCACGGCACCAAUUUGGUCUCACAGGAAUACAGCGCUGUGCCGCUGAGUGGCCGUAUAUUGUUGCAGAAGGAUAUUUUACGUUAUGCGGAGACAACAUCGACGACGACGGAUCGUUUUGAUCCCUCCGAGAUAUUGGUGGACAAUCGAACAGCCAUGGAUGAUGAUCAGCUGGUGCGCGAUGUCGAGUCGCGCAUCCCAUCGCUACCCAUCGCCUACUGGAGUAAGAAUAAGAAUUUCCGUCAGCAGAAGUCCAACACAUGCGCCAAAUAUCCGUCCAUCUUCGAAUUGGAAUUCAACAAUAUCUACUGGCAAACGAUGCGCACGACGAACGGCACAUUCCAGUUGUUUGGCGCCUACUAUGACAUACGUAAGACGUCGCGGAUCGGGCCGACAGUGCGCAUACUCGGCAUGAUCGACCGCAUACAACCGACCGUGAAGACCUAUUGUCAGUUCUGGUUCGACGGACAGAAGGAGCCGUUCAUUGUGAAGACAUUCGAAUAUAAAUACAUAUGGUACAAUAAGUGGGGCAACUACAAGCAAGGCAUCUAUCAGCCGUAUCUGAUAGCAUGUCAAAUACCGAAACCCUUCCACGGUGUUGUACCGAGCUCGGUAUCGAUGGUGGAGAAGGAGUGCGAUACGGCGACCAAUAAUUUGCGCGUCAUCUACAACCGGCCGCCGGAUGAUCAGAAGAAGGGUUUCGCGGUUUGCGUUAAGGGAUUGGACUUUCUCUACGACGAUCUCUCUGUACGACUGAUUGAAUGGAUUGAGAUGUUGAAUAUUUUGGGCGCGGACAAGAUCUAUUUCUACAAUCUGCAAGUGCAUCCGAACAUCACAAAAGUUUUGAGUCACUACGAGCAGGAGGGUAAAGUGCAGGUCAUACCGCUAACGCUGCCGGGCGGGCAGCCGAAUGUACCCGGUUUCCAGCACCUCUAUCUCACGAAGAAAACGAAUCACAAACGUCAGAAUGAGGUUAUACCCUACAAUGAUUGUCUCUACAAGAAUCUCUACUUAUACAAGUACAUUGCGCUACUAGACAUCGACGAGGUCAUCAUGCCGAAGGGCAACUUUGUGCUCUGGUCCGAGCUGAUGGAGAAAGUGGUGCCGGAAUCGCUUAAAAUCAAGCCGGAAGGCUACAAUAGCUACAACUUCCGCAAUGUCUACUUCCUCGACGAUCAACAACACGAACAUGGCUGGCACAAGGACAGCCCCAAGUACAUGCAUAUGCUCCAACAUGUGCACCGCGCCAAAAACUACACCAAACCCAAUCAGUAUGUGAAGUGUUUCCACGAUCCCGAACGCGUGCUCACGCUACACAACCACUUCCCGCUCGCCUGCCUUGGUGGCGUCUGCAAGUCAUAUCCGGUCAACACCACCGAUGCGCAGCUGCAACAUUACCGCGCCGACUGUGUGAACACGCUGAAGAAGAGCUGCGAGGAGUAUCGCGAGAACUCGGUUGAGGAUAAAACGAUUUGGAAGUACAAAGACGAGCUGAUACGACGCACAUUCCGCACGCUCGACACGUUGGGCUUCUUCAAGCGUCCCAUUGGCUACAGUAAUGGCAACGGCGCCAUCGGCUCGACGACACAUUCGAGCGAACGGUGAUUUCUGGGCAGUUGGUGGGCGGGCGGCAGCAAUAGCUGGUUGGGUGGUGGCCGUGCUGGCGUGGGCGAGAGUAGUGGCAGUGGUGCGGGCGAUUACUAUGAGCGCGAACGUUGGCGAGAUGGUGGCGCGACGGGCAGCAAUGAAUUCUUCUGAUAAUUUUGAGCGGAGUUUUAAGUUGCGUGUGAACUUCCGGGGGGAAAAUGUGCGUAAGUGAUAGUAAAAAUGCCGUUAUAAAAGCUUAAUUCUGCAGUACGUGUUAUGAAAAGCUCACGAAAGCCACGCGCGCGCUAGAAAGCUCAAAGUACGGUUUGCGUCUAUGAUAAGUAAAGCGCAAGUAUGCAGUGGCUCUCAAAAAGUAUGUUUGCUGCAUGCAACGGUAGCCAGAAAUUAUUGAAAAGCUCUUAAGCUCACCCAUAAGCUGCUACGACCGACGCCUUUUCCGCCAGACUUUUACGUGAAAUUAAAGAAAAAUAAGUAAAAACAAAAUUUUCUUGAAUUAGCAAUGUGUUAGUCAGCCAAGACAGACUACUUCGCUGUUGUUGUUUUUUAGCAAAGAAAGAACGAAUAAGUUUUCAUUAUUAUUAUUGAAAGCAAUAAAAAUUAUUAUUGACGAAAUAUUUUGGUUCUGCAAAUUCUUGUAAAUUUUUAAUGAAAAAAAAAAUACAAAAUGCGCCGAAAAUG